AUGCCUUCCACCAGCGAUGCUGCCAAACCAGCUGCAUCUUCCGCUGAACUGGCUCACGUAACCUCCCGUCAACCACAGUCCACCUCAAAUCGCUCAACCUCGCCUUCCAGCCUCAAACACGAUCUCGAAUCCGCCAACCCCAAUCCCUCCCAUUAUAAUCAUUGGCUCCCUGGCUUCCACAACCCCCCACUCUUCCUCACUUUCCUGCGCCACAAUUGGUACGAUAUUGGCACGCAGCUUCUCUGCCUGCUCACAUCCCUACUGCUCUACGCCUUCUGCCAACCGAUACUGCCACGCUACUUCCCGCUCUUUCGUGGUGUCGAGAGAACGAGCUGGGGCAUGAAGCACAGCCAGCCAUAUCUUUCCGAGUACGUGAGCACGAUCACGAGCGCGAUCAUAAGUUUCGCAGUGCCGGCGGCCAUCAUGGGCGCGAUUGCGCUAUGGGGCACACGAGGGUUUGGGGACGGGAAUGCUGCUCUCAUCGGCCUAGGCUACGCCCUCUCUACAGCAACGCUCUUCCAAUCCUUCAUCAAGAUCUUCAUCGGCGGCUUACGUCCGCACUUCCUCACCAUCUGCAACCCGCGCAUUCCGCCCUCCUUGCCUGGUUUAUCGACGCUGCGAGACGGCGACUUGCACUUUUACACGGCCAGCCAGGUCUGCAGGGGCGACGCGAAUAAGGUCAGGGAAGCGCAAAUGUCCUUUCCGAGCGGGCAUUCGUGCGCGGCGUUCGCGGGCUUUGGGUUCUUGGCGCUGUAUUUGAAUGCGAAGUUCAAGGUCUUGUCAAGGGGUGGGCACUUUCGGGAUUACUAUGGAGACAAGGCGUGGGAGCGGAGUGAGCGGAGUGAGCGGGGAGAUGGUAUGGAGAGGGUGCAUCAUUGGAAACUUGUGUUGUUUGUGGCGCCGUGGUGUAUCGCCAUCUUGUUUGCGCUCAGCAAGAUCAGAGAUGCAUGGCAUCAUCCGGUUGAUGUGGUGUUUGGGGCAUUGGUGGGGACGUUGUUUGCGCAUAUGGCGUACAAAAUGGCGUAUCGGAGUGUGUACGAUUCGAGGACGAAUCAUAUUCCGUUGGAAGGGGACGGUGGUGACUUCAACAAGGAGGAGGUGAAGGACAAGUAG